CGGGCCGGCGCGGCUGGCAGGCCCCUCACAACAGUGUCCACUUUCUAACAUGGCAGAUCAAUUUGUGUUGUAUUAUCAUGUGACGGCGAAACGCUCCCGUUGAUAGGACCGUAACCUCCGUGCGAAGCGUUCGGGACUGGACUGCCGGUGCAUAACCUCGCGAGUGUGGGACGCGCGACGCGUCGCGGUCGCGUUAUUAAACCGCCGUCGCGAUGGCGGACCUAAAGAGCCCGCCGUUCAGUGAUAUCAAGCGGCCCGAGGAGGUGGUGGCGAUGGCGAUGAACGACAGCCUCAAAUUCGCCGUGCUGAUCGGCCUGAUCGAGGUGGGACAGGUGUCCAACCGGGAGGUCGUCAACACCGUGCUGCACCUGGUACGUAUUCGACGAAAGGCGAGCACUAUAAUACAAAGUCGACCAUUGUCCAGUACAUGCGUGAGUACGUAUAAUCGAGCCGAAAUGGAACACCGUGCACACCGGAUGACGUACGUGCCCACGUAACGUGAGUGUGGUCAGUGUGGUCAGGCGGUGCCGAAGCGUUGUAACGAAAGCUCCCAGUUAAUACUCUGUAAACGAAAGUAGAAUGCAAAUAAAUCGUUUACCACACCA